GCAGAUUUGUCACCAUCUCUGAUACUGUAAGACAACGACAACCCAACGUCAACAAGCAUGCGUUUGUGUUUGUGUUGAUUUUGAUCGCGACGCCGCGGAAAGUUACAGUGUUUGAAAACAGUACCUGUAAUUUUCUGUUAGUAUACGUUGUAACAAUGGUAGAUUUCUAUAGCAAUAUUGAAGAAUUGCAGAAUUACUUCAAAACACACAAUAAAACACGAGAAUAUCAGGCACAUUCUUCUAAAGUGCAUUCUGUUGGUUGGAGUUGCGAUGGAAGACGAUUAGCAUCUGGCUCUUUUGAUAAAUGUGUGUCAAUAUUUACCUUGGAUAGAGACAGACUGAAUAAGGAGUUCACCUUCCGAGGGCAUGGUGGUAGUGUUGACCAGCUGUGUUGGCAUGCCUCUAAUACUGAUCUCUUAAGUACAGCAAGUGGUGAUAAAAGUGUUAGAAUAUGGGACACCAGAACCCAGAAAUGUGCCGCUACAAUCUUGACAAAGGGUGAAAACAUCAACAUUGCUUGGGCACCAGAUGGCAAUACUAUCGCUGUUGGGAAUAAAGAGGACUUGGUGACAUUCAUAGAUACCCGUACUCACAAGAUAAAGGCGGAAGAACAGUUUCAUUUUGAAGUAAAUGAAAUUGCAUGGAAUAAAGAAAGUAAUCUGUUUUUUCUAACAAAUGGCCAAGGUUGCAUACAUAUAUUAAGUUAUCCAGACCUAGAACUACAACAUGUGUUGAAAGCACAUCCUGGAACUUGUAUUUGCAUUGAACUAGAUCCUACAGGCAAAUAUUUCGCUACAGGAUCGGCUGAUGCUCUUGUUUCACUGUGGGAUUUGGAAGAACUUGCAUGUUUGCGAACUUUUUCAAGAUUAGAAUGGCCAGUGCGCACAAUCAGCUUUAGUCAUGAUGGCCAGCUCCUGGCUUCAGCAUCAGAAGAUUUGGUGAUUGACAUAGGUGAAGUUUGCUCAGGGAAUAAAGUUGUGGACAUUGGAGUUGAAGCAGCCACAUUUACAGUUGCCUGGCACCCAUCUCAGUAUUUGCUGGCCUUUGCUUGUGAUGAUAAGGAAGCUUAUGACCGGAAAAGAGAUGCUGGUACAUUGAAAGUUUUUGGAUUCCCAUCUGAAUAGGCAGCUGAUAAGUGCUGGCUUUCCAACUGUGAUGAUUGAAGACUGAGCUCAAUGUGUAACAAAAGCAUUUUAAAGAGAAAAAUGUUGGAAACAAAUUGAUUUUACAUGCAGUUGUGAAAUACAGAAGAAUUUUUGGAAAAAAGAGAUAUUUUGAUAAUAUUCUAUCUUAAUGUGGUUUAAUUGAUUAUUGGGGAAAAAUGGAUAGUACAUGUACCAUUGCAGAUAAUUUUCAUAUUUCUUUUAUCAGUUGUUUGGUUGCCUGUAUAGUUUAACUGAGUAAUUGUUCUGUUUGUAUCUUGUAGUAUUUUAAUAAUUAGGUAAGAUGGAAAUUUGAAGGUACAUGCUGUAACUAAAAGCUUUUUAUAUAUUAAAAAAAUUCAGGCAUAUUUGUUUGACUUUUACAGCCAGUUGAUUAA